AUGGAGAACGUACGCGCAAUUGGUACCAAGUCGAUCCAUGAGGUAUCCGACCAUGAAUUCCAACCCAAUACAGAGCUACAGGAUGGACUAUGGCUCCGGUUCCUUACGUAUACCAAGUGGUAUCCAAAGGACAUGCCACACCCGGAGAAAAAGCUGGUCCUCAAACUGGAUAUCAUGAUUCUAAUCUUCGGCUGCCUUUCAUUUUUUACCAAAUACCUUGACCAGCAGGCGAUCACUAAUGCCUAUGUGUCAGGCAUGAAAGAAGACCUCAAUCUGCACGGCAACGAAUUGAACUACAUAACCGCGGUAUUCUGGGCCUCGUAUUGCACAUCCAUGAUACCGGCCUGCUACUACCUAACGCGCACGCAGAUCAACAUUGCCUUGCCGACUCUGGAAAUAGGAUGGGGACUAUUCACAUUCGGCUGUGCGUGGGCGCAGAAUCUAAAUACGAUAUACGCAAUGCGCUUCUUCAUCGGGAUCUGCGAGUCUUGCUCUUUCACCGGCGUCAUCUAUGUCAUCGGCUCGUGGUAUAAGCCCGGGGAGGUGACGCGGCGGGUUGCGCUUUUCUUUAUCGCUUCUCCACUCGGGACUAUGUUCGCGGGAUACUUGCAGGCUGCUGCCUAUACGAAUUUGGAGGGGAGGCAUGGAUUGCCUGGGUGGAGGUGGCUGUUCAUUAUUUGCACUAUUAUCACAAUUCCUAUUUGCAUUCUUGGAUAUAUCGUUUUCCCAGAUGUUCCUCACCGCGCAAAGCCACGGUUCCUAACUGCGACCGAGCACGAUAUUGCCAAUAUUCGUCUGAAAGGUCUAACAGCGCCGAGUGAGCUGAAAGUCUCCCGGGCCAUCUUCAAGCGAGUCUUCGGACGAUGGCAUUGGUAUGUCUUUGUCCUGCAUUGGACUUUAAUGGACCAGAACUUCACGCCAUAUUCGACGCCAUUUAGCCUAUAUCUCAAGGCCAAACCAGACAUCUACUCCGUCUCACGGGUGAACACAUUGCCGACAAUCGCAACGGCGUUGUCUGUCGUAGCCGCACUAGUAGCAGGCGUUACCGCCGAUCGCCUGCGAAACUUUUGGAUUCCUUCGGUGGCGACCAGCAUUCCCGUCCUGGUUGGUGUGAUUUUGCUCGUUGUUUAUAAUGUCGGCGAAACGGGGCGACUGGCGGGAUUUAUCCUCACGGGAUUCGAGGGCGCAAUUAGUCCGCUCAGUAUGAGUUGGGCGACUAUCACCAUGGCCAAGGAUGCCGAAGAACGCGCUAUCGUCACGGCAAGCAUGAAUGCAAUCGGCCAGGCCAUGGCAGCAUGGACACAGAUAUUUCAGUAUCCGGCUGUUUCUGCCCCAGACUUUCGAGCGGGAUUCAUCUCGAAUUUGGUCAUCACUGUCGCACAAUUCCUGAGUGUUGGCCUGAUCGCCUUUCUGGCAAAUCGCGACGCGCGAAAAGAGCGAUUGUUGUCCAAUGUGUGA